UUACUAUUAUUUAAGUCCUCCAACCCAACAUUCUGUCUCGAUCUCUCUCACGUCUCCCUUCCUUCCUCGUUGACUCGCCGUUUACCGGCCGACUUCUCGCCAUUCGCUCUGUAGUUUUCUGUCGUUAUCCUUCUGUGUCGCGUCGUCGUUCUUCAUCCGCUAUUCUCGCCGUUUCAGGUCUUGUUGUUGCUCUGUAGACAGGCACAAGUGAGGAAGAGGUUGAAUUCAAAAGCUUCAAAAGGCAAUACUACUUUAUUGGGAGAAACAAGAAUCAAUCCAUAACUCAUAAUGGUUGAGCUCCAUGAAAUUUCUGAAGAAGCUUCAUCUUCUUCAUCAACUCAUUGUCGUGGAUACGAUGUAUUUUUGAGUUUUAGAGGUGUUGACACUCGUCAUAGUUUCACUAAUCACCUUUAUAAUGCCCUCAUGCAUGCCAAUAUCACUACCUUCUUAGAUGAUGAAGAGAUCGAAACAGGGGAAGAUCUGAAACCAGAAUUGGAGACUGCAAUUAAAGCAUCUAGAGCUUCUGUUAUCGUUUUGUCUACGAAUUAUGCUACUUCAACAUGGUGUCUUGAUGAAUUGGUGUUGAUCCUUGAGCAACGUAAGGCGUCCAAACAUAUUGUUUUCCCCAUCUUUUAUCAUGUUGAGCCCACACAUGUCAGGAAGCAAGAAAGUAGCUUUGGAGAUGCAAUGACUAAGCAUAGACAGAAGAUGGAAGCAGAGACAAACUCAAGCAAAAGAUGUCAAUGGGCUCAAAAGAUAGAACGUUGGAAUAGAGCGCUUACAGAGGUCGCUGAUUUGAAGGGGAUGGAUGCAAAUGGCAGGCUAGAGGUGGAGCUUAUUGAUGGAAUAGUUAAGGACAUCUUUCGUAGAUUACAUACAUCCUCAAGGUUUCCACUGCCGCAGCUUAUUGGGGUGGAAAAUUCCAUUAAAUUUGUAGGUUCGUGGUUGAAAGAUACAUCCUCCCAAAAAACACAUAUACUCACUAUUUUGGGUAUGGGUGGGAUAGGGAAGACGUCUUUAGCCAAAUAUGUCUACACGUUACAUUCUCAUGAAUUCGACACAAGCAGCUUCAUUGAAGAUAUCAACAGGAGAUGCGAUGAAAAAUAUAAUGGGAUGCUUGAUGUACAAAAGAAACUCUAUGAGGAUAUUUCAAAACCAACUUCAGUUCAAGUUCAUGAUGUUUCUACGUACACUUCAAUGAUAGAGAAUGCAGUAGCCCGUAACAAGGUGUUUCUUGUUCUUGAUGACAUUGGUAGUCUCGACCAAUUAGAUGCAUUACUUGGAAGGAAAGGUUUUCAUCCAGGAAGCAAAAUCAUAAUAACUACAAAGGACGCGUGGUUGACAGAGAGCUGUGAACUGUUCAAAUUGAAGGGUAAAUCACUCACGCAUGAAAAGCACUUUCUUAAAGGCUUAUUUGAGAUCGAAUCACAAAAGCUUUUCUGUUUUCAUGCAUUCAUGUGCAAUGAUCCUAAGGCAGGUUAUGAAGAGGUGUCGAAAAAGCUAGUGAAGUAUUGUGAAGGACAUCCAAUGGCUCUUAAAGUUCUGGGUAGGAACCUACAUAAUCGAGAUGUAACUUAUUGGGAUGGGUACAUAGACAGGCUAAAGAAAGAAAAUGAUUCCCCUAUAAACAAUGUCUUGAGAAUGAGCUUUGAUUCUUUGCCAUCUGAAAAUGAUAAGGAGCUGUUUAAGCAUAUUGCUUGUAUUUUUGUGGGAAUGGAUAGAGAUGUUGCUACAACAAUAUUAGAAGCAUGUGAUAUAGAAACAAGAACUGGAAUUACGAAUCUCAUCGACAGAUGCUUUCUUAGUAUAGGAUGGUAUAACGAAUUGAUACUGCAUCAAUUGGUUCAAGAGAUGGGAAGAUUUGUAGUACGUGAAGAAUCAUUUCACAAGCCAUGGGAACGAAGUCGAUUAUGGGGCCAUGACUCAUUUAGAGUGUUGAAACAGAAAAAGGGUACGGAAAAUGUUCUAGGCCUCACUCUUGACAUGAAGAUAAUUGAGAAAGAGAAGUUACAUGGAUCACUUGAGUUGAAAACAGACGCAUUGAGUAAGAUGGAUAAUCUAAUGCUGCUUCAACUCAAUUAUGUGCAGAUCAAUGGCACUUACAAGAACUUUCCGGAAGAAUUAAGAUGGUUGUGUAUGCAUGGGUUUCCUUUGAAGUCUAUACCUUCAGACUUAUGGAUGGAGAAUUUGGUUGUUCUUGACAUGUCAUAUAGCAACAUUGAAUCAUUUUCCAUUUGUUAUAAUAAUCCGCAACGAUGUGAAAGCAUGCAAAUGCAGUUGAUGGGAUCUUAUUCAAAAGGCAAAAGCUUGCUUGGAUCAUUGAAAAUUCUUAAUUUAAGUUUUUGUGAACAACUUCGUAGCCUUGGUGGGUUUGACCACUUCCCUAAACUUGAGAUGUUGAUACUUGAAGGUUGCAUUGGUUUGCUUGAGGUUUGUGAAUCGAUAGAGCAAUGUGUAAAACUUGUUCUUGUUGAUUUGAGCUCCUGCAGCAAGCUUCAAAAACUUCGGCGAAUCAUAGGCAAGUUAAAGAAAGUUGAAACACUAUUGCUAAACGGUUGUUAUCUUGGUGAAUCUCGAAUCAAAUCUAGGGAUAUGGAUUCACUCGAAAUGAUUAAGGGUAACAACAUUCGCAUAAACACAAUAACAUCUUUGUCUACCGUUCUGGAGGUUGUACCAAGGUCUUCAAAGUUCUUUGAGAUUUCGUUACCGAGAUCUUUAGUAACCUUGUCACUUGUGAAUACUAAUUUGUCCACUGAAUCCUUUCCCUUUGAUUUCAGUUGCCUAACCAUGUUAAAGCAUUUAUAUUUAAAUGAAAAUCCUAUCGUUUCCAUGCCCAGUUGUGUUAGAAGCCUUCAUAGGCUUGAGACACUUAGUAUGGGAAAUUGUAAUAUGCUAACGUCAGUCGAGCAUGCUCCACAUACACUUACAUAUUUGAGCCUGUAUUCUAAUAAGCCUUUGCUACAAAAAGUUGUGUUUGAUCCACAAAUGUUCCCACUCAAGUUCAUUUUAAAUUGGACUAAAUUUACACCUUCGUCGUUUGAAUUUGAAGGCUUGGUCAAAAUCCAACCAAUGGUAGGUGUUGAGGAAAAGGUAUUACGCAGUUUGGGAUGGAGUAAGAUAGACUUUCCCAAGGAAAAGCUCAUGGGAUCUCCAUCCUAUCCUAGACCAAGAAAGGAAUCUGAAAUCCAGAUGUAUUAUGAAUUUGGAAUAUUCAGCACAUUUUAUAGUGGUGAAGAGAUACCGAAUUGGAUUACGGAUAGAAACAAGGGGCCAUCAAUAUCAUUUACCAUCCCAUCAUCUCCUAACAAGCUUAGAGGAUUGAAUUUCUGUUGCGUAGUUGCAUCUCUAUUUUUGAAUGAGAGACAACUAGGUAACUCUGAAUUUCUGCUUGAUUUGCGAAUGUAUAUUUUCCAUCAUUUGCCAGUGAUCAUAAUUAGAAAUAUAACAAAGAACCUCAUCUGGAUAUACCACCACUACCUUGAAAUUCUCCAUCUCAGUAGAAGUGGUUUGAUGUUGUUAAGUCAUUGGAUGUUUGGGAUGAAUGAGAUGGAAUGUGGUGACCAAGUUACUAUUACCUUGAGGAAGGAUCCAUAUGAGAGGAUGUCGCAAUCUGAUCCAGUUAUAAAGGAGUGUGGGGUGAGUUUUGUGUAUGAUGAUGGAGAAAAAGAAGAAGAAGAAGAAGAAGAAGAUGUGUUAGGUUAUUACAAGUCAUGGAAUCACAUCAUUGGUGGAGAUCUCACUGGAUUUCAAUCAACAACAGGAGAAUACAUCCUAAACAAAAAGCGAAUUCUGCUGUCUCUCUUUGAUAUUGAUCGACUAGGUUAUGGUCAUCUGUGUGGAGAAAGCGCCCGCUUUAAAGGCUAUAUAUGGGGUUUAGGAUGUGGAGGUGAUGCAGCCGAGGAUCCACCACCUACAUUUGGCUUUGGUCGUGGACAACACGAACAUGAUGCCGAGCUUCAUAAAAAAAGAAGAGGUCUAUCAAAAAACAUCCAACUAUCAAAGCUGAUACGUGUAAACAAGGGAAAACCCGUAGAUUUGGAUUUCGACAAUGAGCUCACAUAUUCCUCUGUCGGGAAGCAUGAUAAUUGGUUUACCCAUGAGAUUGGGAGUUUGUUAGACAUGCUUCAAACAAUGUUAAAUGAUCCAACAUGCAGUGCCACACUUGAAGAUUGGUUUCGUUCGUUGCCACAACGAAAUGAAACCGGAGGAAACGAGGAGAUCGAUGAUGAUGAGUAA